AUGUCUGGCCAAUCGAUAACCGACCGGAUCGCUGCGGCUCAGCACAGCAUGACCGGAUCGGCGAUCAACAAGGCGGUGUGCAAGGCCACCACGCACGAAGUCAGCGGACCUAAGAAGAAACAUCUUGACUAUUUGAUCCACUGCACCAACGAGAUGAACGUGAACAUUCCCCAGUUGGCGGACACGCUGUUCGAGCGCACGGCCAACUCCAGCUGGGUGGUGGUCUUUAAAGCCCUUAUCACUACGCACCACCUCAUGAUGUAUGGCAAUGAGCGUUUCAUCCAAUACCUGGCCUCCAGAAACACGCUGUUUAACCUCACCAACUUCCUGGAUAAGGGCGCCCUGCAAGGUUAUGAUAUGUCAACCUUCAUCCGAAGAUACAGCCGUUACCUGAACGAAAAGGCCAUGUCCUACAGACUGGUGGCUGUGGAUUUCACCAAAAUGAAGCGAGGGACAGACGGAGUGAUGCGUACCAUGAACACGGAGAAGCUGAUUAAGACUCUUCCAAUCAUUCAGAACCAGCUCGACGCUCUGCUAGAUUUCCAGGCCAACCCCAACGAACUGACUAACGGUGUGAUCAACUCUGCCUUCAUGCUGCUUUUCAAAGAUUCCAUCAGGCUGUUCGCCGCGUACAACGAAGGGGUCAUCAACCUCUUGGAGAAAUAUUUUGACAUGAAGAAGAACCAAUGCAAAGACGCGCUGGACAUCUACAAGAAGUUCCUUUACAGGAUGACCAAGUUGUCAGAGUUCCUCAAAGUAGCCGAGGAAGUUGGAAUAGAUCAGGGUGACAUCCCCGAUCUCUCGCAGGCCCCCAGCAGCCUCCUGGAGGCUCUGGAGCAACAUCUGGCCUCCCUUGAGGGCAAGAAGACCAAGGAGCUGAAUCCGGACACCAGAGCGUCCACCCUGUCCAACGCCGUCUCGUGUCUGGCCUCUGCCGACCUGUCCUUCGCCCGCAUGGACGAGAAGGAGAAGCAGCUGGCUCUGGAGGAGGAGCAGGCCAGAUUACAAGCUCUUAAGGAUCAGCGAUUAAAGGAGAUUGGCAUGAAAACACCGCCGUCUGCAUCUCCCAGUAGUGCCCACAACAACAACCACGUCGCCCAAACCCCCGAGUUGUUCGGAUCGACGCUCUCGGCCAACAGUGUGCCCAACCUGAACAGCGACCUAUUUGAUCUCCAGCCGGCCUUCAUCCCCGCGGUGCAGUGCACUCCGUCCAUCUCUGCCGCCAACAGCGCCUGGGGAGGACUGGAGAGGCAGCCUUUGGAACAGAACGCCCCCGCCAUGACUGUAGAUUUCGAUGCUGUGUUCGGGAAUAAAGCCGCUCCAGCUAACGACGGAACACAGCCAGCAGCCGGUUUUGACACCCUGGGAGAUCUGCUGAAGCCUACGGUUCCCAUCCACGCCGCCCACCCGCUUCCACCUCAAAUGGUCUUCCAAUCGGGAGGAAAGCUGCUCGCCAACGACCUGGACUCCUCCUUGGCAAACCUCGUAGGCAAUCUGCAAUUUGGCGGAACCCCUUCUAAGAAGCCGGAAAUGCAGUGGAAUCAGCCCGGGGAGAAGAAGCUAACAGGAGGCCAGAACUGGCAGAACAAGACCAUGUCUACAACCCAGUGGAGCCCGGCCCCCAUGGUUCCGCCACCCAUGCCUGUUCCGCACAUGAAUGGAAUGUUCUAUGCUAGUUAUGCUCCAGCUCCCCUGGCUUUCCCCAUGACGACACCUCAAGUGCCUGUGUAUGGAAUGGUGCCCCCCCAGAUGGGUCAGGUGGGCGGGGUACCAGUCAUGGCCCCUCAGCCAAUGAUGUACAACCAGCCUGUCCUCAGACCCACUAACCCCUUUGCAGCCAUGCCUGGAGCGCAGAUGCAGUUUAUGUAA